GAUACUACCAACUGAAUCUGCAAAGAAAAAGAAUGACAUGACAUGCUUGACUAGGCAUGUACGUACACGGGGAGAAAGGGACACACCAGAAUUUUACUAGUUUAUAAUCUCAACUACUAGCUAGCUACAUGUAACCUCACAAUCGAAAGCACAAUUGAGACAAUGGCACCCUACAGUAGCAAGCUGGCAUUGACUGGGGCAAUGGAGACAUCGACAGACAUUGAUGUAGAACAGCAUUCAAAACUUGGGAGUACGGUAGGACGGUCAACAGGUACUGUACCAAAGCCAGCCGCGGGCAAACGGGUUGCUCAACCCAGCCUCUAGCUGGCGCAACCGAAGCUCUCCGUGCUCAAAAGGUUUCCUGCAGUUCUGUGUUUACUCCAUAAUGAAGAACUUACUAUGAGCUAGAGGGAACUAUGCUAUGGUGCGGGUAAGAUCAGAGGAGAAGGGCAUUACAUGUACUGUCGUUGUGGCUGGACGUGUCAACCAAAAAGGGACCUGUAUUUUGAUCGAGCAGUCACGAUCCUUUAGUGAAUCCUUUGCCGCCUACUCUGAAGUACAAGCUAAUGCUGCCACCCAGUAUUUCUUCAGUGGAACCUGUACCACCGCUGGCUAGCUGCUAAGCAAACUUGUGGCGCUACAGAACAGUAGUGAUUUGAUGGGAUGUGAUAAACAAGGCUGAUGAGGUUUUGGAAAGUGCCUUGCAUACCAUACCGGUACCGGUAGGGGGCACUUGAUUGCUUGGCAACAACCCUACCAUGUACCGGUAUUGUCAUGGCGCCCCAGCAACAAUGCUGGCAUCCUUUGCUAUCGAGUUGCUGUUUGAUGAUGUCCAAAUCCUUGCCGGCGACAUGUACAGUAGUUCAUCCACAGUCCGUCUGCAUACAGGUAGCAACAACGCCUAUUUGCUGCCACGGAAGGCAAGCCCGUACAUUCUGGAUGUGGCUCGAGCUGGGGGUGUUCGAGGAACUGAAAAGGCACCCGUCUAUCUGGAGACAGACUAGAUGAAUGAAGGAGACAGUACCUGGUGGUACUGGUAGGUACGACGGUAUCCCAAUGAAUUGGCAGAGCUAUCUUUAGUCAGUGGCGCUGGAAAACGGAACAGUCCUCAAAAUGGCACCCUUGUCAAAAUAGCUCUACUGGCUAAUUACUUAGAGUUCACCUCACACUUCACAUACUUAAGUAGAGUACUUUGAGCAUUAAAGAUCGUACCAUCAGGUCAAACAUCAGUAGAAUGUUGCAUAGACAAACCUCCGUGUCUCCACUUUUCAUGUUAAACACAUAAGUCGGUUCCGUUAGGGCAAGAUUGCCUGUUUAAGAUGCCAAAAUUGUGGGGGAAGCAAGACGCAAUUUGGGGAUUGGGGUUUGGGUCAUGCGCGCACCCCCGCCCUGCUGUGACUUGUGUGUGCCGGACGUCCAAAAAGGAGCGGACCCUUUGGGCAGCAGGCAAAGCAACAACCUGUCGCGAUCCAAAGCGUUGUGCCGUUGCCUUUUAUCUCGAUUGGAUCCUCUAUUGACAGAUCAGCAGAGCAAAGCAUUGGUAGAGUAGUCUAGGCAUUGGUAGAGUCUCUUUCUUCCAGUGGCAGUGGAACCACAGUAGUCGAUCUGUUUAGAGACAGAGAUAGAGAGAGGCGUGGAUCGCUAGCUCGCAAGCAGUUGAAGGACUCAUCAGCAACCCCAAAUCUUUUUGUCUGUGCACUCUCUGUGCCUUCAUACCACCAAUUCCAUGACUAUUGCCAACAACAACGUGGAGACAGCAGCGGCCACGGACCCUGCUCAUACGGUAGAGACUGAUUUGAAAGACGGUCCUACCAAUGGCAAGAAUGGGAGCUCUCUAGUGAACGGCGGUACUACCAAGAACGGCGGGCAUAGUAGUAGUUCAGAUGGAGGAGUAACGUCUGCCAUUGCGGGUGGCAAUCCCAAUGAAUUCCGCAUGAACUCGAGCAAGACGUUGGGAUCAGGGACCGCCACGACGGGUGGAGUCGUAGUAGCCUUUGAAAAGUCAGCCUUGGCCGGCACCAACGCCCAAGUCCCCACGGGCACCACCGAAAAUGGUGCCCCCCGUUUGCCCCAAAAUCUUUCCGAUUCCAGAUUUGGGGGCCUUGCCGGAAAGGUCGAAGCCAGUAUUGCCAGUUCCGUCGAACGCAACAUUGGCAAACUGUCCGACUUUGAUUUCUACAUCACCGCCGAACAGCUUGGGGUACUCAGUGAUGAACGCACACGCUUGGCUCUCGCCGACGUUCUGGAAAAGGGGGUCAAGGCUCAGGAAGGAAAGUUAGGGGGGGAUUCCGCCGAAGAGCCGUCUUCGACCAGACGAAUGUGCAUGGAUGUCAUGCGAUUAGUAGAGCGAAUACGCCAAGCGGAAGAGUCUGAAGCUGCCAAAGAUGAACACUCACCAGAAGGAAAAGAGGCCGAGAAAAAUUCCGACAUGGGCGCCAAUGUUCUAACCGAAGUACUGCUGCACUCUAGUGUCCAGGGAGGCAUCGACCCCAGGGAAGUAGAGCACCGAAGAGAGCUAUUCGGAACCAAUGCCGUCUCCAGCAAAAAAUUGGAAAGCUUUCUUUCCUUGUGUUGGGAUGCUGUCCAGGAUUUUGUCCUUGUCAUGCUGAUUGUCCUUGGAAUCAUCAGUAUUGUCGUUGAGGUUUCCACACACGGGGGAAGCUGCAGCACUUGCUGGAUCGAAGGAGCCGCCAUCUUGUGCUCCGUCUGUAUCGUCGUAUUGGUCACUGCGGGAAUUGAUUAUGCCAAGCAGUUUGCCUUUAUCCGUCUCACCAAAAGUCUACACGAAACCAACACAAAAUCAGUCAUUCGAGACGGAAAACAAGUCUCUGUAACGGAUGAUGACAUUGUCGUUGGCGACAUCCUUUCGGUCAAUAGUCACAAUCUGGCAUCCAUCCCUGCGGAUUGCAUUUUGCUCGGACCCCCGGCUCAGCUACGAAUGGACGAAAGUACCCUCACCGGAGAGUCCGUCAUGGUCGCCAAGAGACCCGGUGAUGUCGUUCUCAGUGGAACCACGGCGGUACAGGGAUCUGGUAAGAUGGUCGUCAUUGCGGUGGGUGUCAACUCGGUUGCUGGAAAGAUUCGGGCACGCGUCUACGAGUCGGACGAUCACGAAGACGAACUUGGAGAUGGUGACGACAACUCUCCUCUGUUUGUCAAGCUCGAUCUCAUUGCCAAGCAAAUUGGUGUGGCCGGAACGGUGGCGGCGGUGGUGGCAUUUGCGGCCAGUUGUAUUAUUGGUCUUGCCAUCCGGGGGGAUGAUGUGCAAAAACUGGUGGAUUAUCUCAUUGUCUCCAUUACCGUUUUGGCGGUUGCCGUCCCGGAAGGUCUUCCUCUGGCUGUCACUUUGGCGUUGGCGUUUUCGUCUAACAAAAUGAUGAGCGAACAAAACUUGGUAAAGCACUUGGACGCCUGCGAGACCAUGGGUUGUGCCACUACGAUUUGUACGGACAAGACAGGAACUCUGACGGCGAACAAGAUGACCGCUCGUGCCUUUUUCGCCGGUGGCAUCAACUACCCGGCGGACGAUCCGUCGAUUUCUCUUGCCGAUUUCAUGAGGAAGUAUUCUUCAGAGCCGAUAUUAGCGGAGUUGGUGGAUAUUAUCUGCUCGGUGAUAUCGAUUGAUACUAUGAAUGAAACCGUGCUCUAUAUUGACAGUAAUAACAAAGUGGAGAGCUCUCAGGGGAAUCCCACCGAGGUCGCGCUGUUGGUGCUGGUUCACGAAUUGGGCUCCAACUAUGACAAAAUCCGAAAAACAACCAAAGGGAGGUCUGAUCAGGGAAAGCUCGGAGAAUAUCUAUCGCUUGGAAAGCAGUUUGAGUUCACAUCCGCUCGCAAAAUGAUGAGUUGGGCCGUCCCGUUGGACAGCGGUGGCUACCGUGUGUACUGCAAAGGCGCCCAAGAAGCCAUCCUGGCACGAAGCGUGAAAUAUGUGGACAAAUUCGGCAACGAGACAGACAUUAGAGCGGAGGACAAGGAACAAUUUUCUAGCGUAGCACUGUCAUAUGCUCGCCGUGGAAUGAGAUGCCUGGGUCUGGCGUAUCGAGAUCUUCCAGAGGGAUUCGACUUGGAAGACCUUCACCCGGAAGUGAAGAAUUCUGAUGGAACCGAAGCCUUUGUCGCCGAGACGGAUCUUGUCGCGGUUGGUCUGGCUGGAAUUGAGGAUCCGCUGAGAGCCGAAGUCCCGAACGCAAUCAAGCGAUGCUACGAAGCAGGCAUUGAUGUUCGUCUGGUGACGGGUGACAGUCCAAAUACGGCUGUGAGCAUUGCUUAUCAAGCUGGUAUCCUCCGUGAUUCUCAUUUUGAGUCUGCAACCAGCGACAAGGUGGCAGAAAACCUUAAGGAACAUGUGUUGAUGGAAGGCAAGGCCUUCAGAUCAGAAGUCUACCGCACUGGCGAGGACGGCAGCAAAGAGUUUGACCAAGAAGCCUUCGACAAAGUUUGGCCGCAUCUUCGUGUUCUCGCGAGAAGUUCACCAGACGAUAAGUUGACCCUCGCGCACGGACUGAACCAGUCGACACUCUUCGAAAACGCCGCAAUUUGCAGUAGUCUAAAGUCCGAACACGACAUUGACAUCUUCCCUGAUCGGCAAGUGGUGGCGAUGACAGGAGACGGAACGAACGAUGCUCCGGCCUUGAAACGAGCCGAUGUCGGUUUUGCCAUGGGUGUUGCCGGGACGCAAAUCGCCAAAGACGCUGCAGACAUUAUUCUGCUGGACGACAAUUUUGCAUCCAUUGUCACCGCUGCGAAAUGGGGACGAAACGUGUAUGCCUCCAUCCAAAAGUUCCUUCAGUUCCAACUUACUGUGAAUAUCGCUGCGGUCGUGACGGCUCUUGUUGGUGCCUUUGUCUACCAAACGAGUCCUUUGGCGGCGAUUCAAUUGCUCUGGGUCAAUUUGUUGAUGGAUUCUCUGGCCAGUCUUGCACUGGCCUCGGAACCGCCAGUUGAUGCAUUGUUAACGCAUCCUCCCGUAAACAGAACUGACCACAUGAUCACCUUCAGAAUGUGGGUCAAUAUGCUUGGACAUGCGACCUAUCAAAUCAUCAUCGUGAUGGUCCUUCUCUUUUAUGGACCGACGAUAUUUGGGUUUGAUGCGGGUCACGAAGUGGAGGACCGAACCGAGGAAGAUGCACAGCCAGGUCAAGAAUUUGGAAAUUCUACACACUACACUCUGAUCUUCAAUUCGUUUGUGUGGAUGCAACUUUUCAACGAAAUCAAUUGUCGAAAACUAGAGGGAGAGUGCAACGUCUUCAGUGGAAUUCUCAACAACUCGCUGUUCUGCGGGAUUUUGCUGACAACGGCAGUUCUUCAGGUUCUGAUUGUGCAGUUUGGGACUGUGGCUUUUGCAGUUGCAGAAGGAGGCCUGAGCGGCGAGUACUGGGGUUAUUCGCUUUUGAUUGGUUUUGGUUCGCUUCCAGUGCAACAAGUUAUCAAUGUUUUGUACUUUCUUGCAAAAGGCGGAAAGUAACAGGACUAGGUCUGACAACUAGCCGCGCAAUCGUUGACCUUGGGGGUCCCCGCAGAUCGGACCUCUUCAAAAGUUUCCGGCUUGUACAGGCGCAGGGAGAAAACAGAGCUGUUCUCUCUUGAUGGGGGUGCGCUGGUCGCAACUCUCUGCACCCACCGAUUUGUUUCUGCUGGAUUUCUGGGCUUGGUGGCGGAUUCCAAGAGUUCGUGGUUUCAAAGAACCAGAAGAGCCCACGCCUUCGGUGGGAAAGCGUGUCAUGCACAAAGUAUGCCAAUGGGGUUUAAAAGAGAUUAGAUCUUGUCCGACAAGAUCCCCACGCGAUCUGUGCCAUCAUCCAACGACAUGCUCUCUCUCCAGCUAGCAGACAUCUUUACUACUCUAAGCUCUAAAGAAACUACCAAUGAUAUUUGUUUGCGUUGCUUGCAGCCGCUGACUACAGCGUUGCUUUUAAAGGUGGAAGCAGCAGCGAAACGAACGUUAGACAAGGCUUUGCUGAACUGAUAGUGCUACCGGAAUUUAAUACGGUACCACACCGUACCGGUAGAGGAUCCCCGGAUCCUGAGUGAUAAAUGUCGCUAGCUAGUACAGCUGUAGUAGCUAGUAGACUGCAUGGGUAGUUUAGCCCAAGUCAGGCGCUGGGAAGUGAGACCCGAACUUCGGGUCUACUAGUAGUGUUCAGAUGAAGAAGGGUCAAUAAUAUGUUCAGAGGGCCCCCGUAAUUUGAAUUUGUUUCU